GGGAGCCUAGACUCUACAAUUCAGAAUAAGACGCCAGAAGAUAUGCUGAAGAAUUGAUUUACAACUGAUAGUCACUACAGCUGAAAUUUUGUUGUGUCUCACUACAGUUUCGAUGCAUUUUAGCAAUCGCUGCAAAAAGUGUAGGUACUUUUCUUCAGUAUUCCUCGACAGCACGGUUGCAAUAAAAUUGAAGGAAUGAUUAACGCGGAUGCAAUUGGAGAAAAGAAUCCAAGUACGUAAUAAUCUUGGGAUACCUCAAUAUCUGAAAAGAUUAGGAUAGCACUCAAAUUGCACAUUCAGACCAGAAAAAAAUAUGAUCUCAUGUGAUCAUUUCUUCAAUGAAGCUAUGACAUGUUGAUUUGCAGUUUCCCCUACCUUGCAAGUAUUGUAUCGCAUAAUCUAUAAAAGGCGACUUUCUUCGACCGAAUUCGUAUUCUGCUUUCACGUGAAGUCGAACGUUCAGCUCGGAAGUGUUCCGAACAUUUAUUGCAGUCAAUCGUUUUUAAUAAUUAUCGAAAAAAGGGAUAAAAAUGUCCAGGGAUCCAGCUGCUGAACAGCUAAACUGUUAUAAGGAAACUGUUAAGACAGUUCCUAUUCUUCUAACUGCAAAUGGAGAGCCAAUAGCAAAUAAAAAUGACAGUCUUACAGCAGGAAAACAUGGACCAACAUUGCUACAAGAUUUUUUUUACAUGGAUGAAAUGUCUCAUUUUACUAGAGAAAGAAUCGCUGAACGUGUUGUUCAUGCUAAAGGAGCAGGAGCCUUUGGAUAUUUUGAGGUAACGCACGACAUAACAAAAUACACAAAAGCGAAACUUUUUUCUGCAAUUUUAAAAAGGACUCCGAUUGCUGUGAGAUUUUCUCAAGUCGCUGGUGAAAGUGGCUCGGCUGAUACAGUUAGAGAUCCACGAGGAUUUGCUGUAAAAUUUUAUACUGAAGAAGGAGUCUGGGACCUUGUCGGAAAUAAUACGCCAAUUUUCUUCAUUAAAGAUCCACUAUUGUUUCCAAGUUUCAUACACAGUCAAAAAAGAAAUCCGGUUACCAAUUUAAAGGAUUCCGACAUGUUUUGGGAUUUUCUAUCUCUUCGGCCUGAGUCAACCCACCAAGUUAUGUUUCUUUUUAGUGAUCGUGGUAUUCCUGAUGGUUAUCGUUAUAUGCACGGUUUUGGUUCACAUACUUUUAAACUCGUUAGUGCAAAGGACGAAAUUGUAUACUGCAAGUUUCACUACAAGACUAACCAGGGAAUAAGAAAUCUUCCAGUUGAUAGGGCAGCAGAAUUAAGUGGUACUGAUCCUGAUUAUGGAAUUCGAGAUCUUUAUAAUUCAAUUGCGCGAAGAGAAUGUCCAUCUUGGACACUUUAUAUCCAAGUAAUGACACCAAAGGAAGCUGAAACUUUCAAGUGGAACAUCUUUGACGUUACAAAGGUUUGGCCUCACAAGGAUUUUCCCUUGAUACCAGUUGGAAAAAUAAUACUGGACAAAAAUCCAGAAAGUUAUUUUUGUGAUGUGGAACAAAUCGCUUUUAAUGUAGCUCAUAUGGUCUCUGGCAUUGAACCGACUCCAGAUAAAAUGCUUCAAGGUCGUAUUUAUGCUUAUGGUGAUGCUCACAGGUAUCGACUUGGCACCAAUCAUCUUCAGCUGCCUGUUAAUUGUCCGUAUAAGAUAAUGACAACAAUGAAUUAUCAAAGAGAUGGAAACAUGUGUAUGAAUUCUCAAGUAGGAGCACCAAAUUACUAUCCAAAUAGUUUCAAAGGUCCUGUACAAACUUCAAGUGUAAAAGAACCUGCUUUCAAUAUAACAGGGCAGGCUGAUCGUUACACACCCAUAAAUGAAGAUGAUUUUGGUCAAGUGACUACUUUUUGGAGGAACGUACUUGAUUCAGGUGCAAAAACUCGUCUUGUCAACAAUUUAAUUACAAGUUUGAAAAAAGUUUCCCCUUUCAUUGUUCAACGAGCUGUUGCUAAUUUCACUCAAGUGGACCAAGAUCUUGGUAAAAGAUUGAGAGAUGGACUCAAAAAAGUUGGAAUGCAAAUCGUUACGUUGGAAGAUGAGAAAAAUUGAGCGAUUUAAAAAAUGAUAGCAAUGAUUAAUCUUAUUAUUCUUUGCAAUA